AUGAUUUCUACCAUUGAAGUGAAUGCAUCAGAAAAGACUGAGACUGAAGACGAAGGAUAUCAGUUACAAGAAUUAAAUAACCAAUUCGCCAAUGUCGUAGACCUUUCUAAAUCCUAUGCAGCGCAAAAUCAUAAAUUACAAGCAGAAUUAUUGGUAAAAUGGCAUAGCCCGUACGACACAGACGAAAUAGAAAAACCGUAUGUUGAAAGUUUAGCAUUGCUUCGAAAGCAGCUAAAUGACGUAACAAGAGACAAAAUACUAGCUGAACUACGAAUCAAACGUGCUGAAUAUGAAGCUAAUAUCAAUCAACAUUUUAUUGAAUUUGAACGCGAUUUACUCUCACGUGCGCAUGUUGAGGAAAAAUCACACAGCAAACCAAAGUCGCCUGAUGUAGUUCAGCAGUAUACGCGUAUAAUAAGUGAAAUAAUGCAAUCUAGAAGAGACAUAAUUCUAUUACAUAAAGAAAGAAAUCUUUUACUAGAUGAAUUGGAUAAUGCAAUAAUGUUACGGAUUAUCGCUGAAAUUGGAGUUCGAAGUAUGGAAGAAGAAAUCGGGUUUCUGUCGGCUGUCUGGGACAUUGAAAGACAGGACAUAAUAACAUCAAUAAACAUGAGAAUAUCAACCGCUGCACAGUGUGUAAAAUUAAUUAGUAGUAGAGUGCCAAAGGUAAUGAAAAUGGUCGUAUCCGACAUAAAGUCUAGUAUCCAAGUCAUCUCGGAAAGGUUUUACCGGUCAACGGAUGAACUCUAUAAAAAGAUAACCGAAUGCUCAGAAGAAAAUCAUGUGUCACCGAAAGCUAUUGACUUUCGUAACAAGGGAGCACAUCAAGACAGUAAGGCGCAGUCGAGAGAUACUGAUCAGGUAGUAUAUUUAGAAAAAAGAAACUGUGAUUUGGCAGCAAGAGUUGAACAGUUGGAAAAUGAGUUAGCUAAUAUACGAAAAGAGAAUGCGUCUCAAACAGUAUCUCAUGACACGGAUGUAGAAGCACAGAUGUUGUCUAUCAAUGACCUACUUAUGAACAUAUCUGCAGCAUUAAGUCAGAAGGCUUCAACUACAUUCGAAUUAAUUAUUUACAAGUCGUUAAGUAAAGCCACACUAAACAGUGACAUAAUGUUUACAGUGAAAAAUAUGAAAUGUGGGAUAGACUCUCUGGGGGAUACUUCUGUAGAGGAAGACAAACAAGAGAUUGAAAGCAAUUCAAACCAGCAGGAGAUGAGUAGUACUCCACAAGUGGAAGAAUCAGCUGUAUAUAAUGCCAAGCCAAAAGAGCUGUCAGCGCCGUGCAUUGAUUGGGAUGUCAACAAAGUUUGUACAUGGCUACGAAAUCAUCUUACUUAUGAACCACCUGUUGAAAUAUUUCAAACCUAUGACGUUGGCGGACGAAUACUUUUAAAUCUGACAGAUGAGACCCUACGACAAAUGGGUGUUACAUCUAAUCUUGUUAGAAAACAACUUCUCACCCUGAUUAAAUCACUGCAAUAUGGAAAUGGAACAUUAUUGAACCAAAAUCCGUAUUAUGAUCAGUUUAAUGGAGAUUUUACACCACCUAUUCCGAUGAGUGAGUUAACUGAAAGUACGUACAACAACGUACUGUCAUGUCAAAUAACAGAAAAACAUCAUUUUGCACUCAUCACUCGUAUCAAAAACUGGCUGGGCACUCUUUCUGUCGGUUAUGAAAUCGAUCGCAUAGAAAUGGUAUUUAAUCCGGCACGAUAUCGGAUGUUUCUUGGGCACCUGCAAUUAGUAGAAACACGUUUAAAUCAGCUGGCUUUUCAGCCUCUGUUAUCAAUGGAAGACAGUCAACAGGAACGAAGGAAAGUGCUCGAACAACUAAACAAAUUAUGUAGUGAGGUAACACAUAAUCGACAAGUGAAAAUGUGUCGUGUUUGGCAUGGUUGCUCGCGUCAAACAUUACAGUAUCUGUUAUCCGAUGGUUUUGCUACACUUGGUGCACUGGAUGAAGGAUGGUAUGGAAAAGCAAUGUACUUUACAUCAAGCGCGAAAUAUGCUACUCGUUAUAGUGGCAGACAUGGAUGUUUACUUUUGUGUUACGUAUUGAUCUUAAAUCCGUUUCCAGUUGUUGCGUCCGAUGCGCCACAUUAUGUGGCGCCAAGCGAAUUUCGUUUCUAUGGACGAGGUAAUUAUAAAAAUUAUCAAUGUCAUUAUAUUCCAGUAUCACCACUUGGCCAUGAAUUAAUGUUGGAUUAUAGACCGCCAAGAACCGGAGGAUGCGACGAUGCUCUGUACGAUGAAUUAGCUGUAUUUCAGGAAGCCGCCAUUCUGCCACAGUUUGUUGUCCAUCUUAAGUAA